UAUUGGCAGUUGUAGACAAACACAUACAUGAACUGAAUCUCAAAACAAAAACACACAGGUUAUUUUUUGGAACAGAUUUUCGGCCAUAGCGGGAAUUUCAAUAUAGUACGAAAGAGUAUUGAUGGGAGAUAAGCCAAGCGCGGGGCUGGACGUUAAAAAUGCCGCGGCGCCGCCCAAGAGCAAAGUAGUGUCGUCUAAGGCUAAAAAGGGUAGCGUGCUCAGCGCCAUUGAAGACAUACAGCGCAUGUCUCCGGAAGCCAUUUGCCAGGAGUUCGACCGUUUGGUGGAUCACACGCAGCGCCACUUUCGCCGAGAAGCCCACAUGCCCUGCACGGCAUUCGCAUCGCAGUUGCAGCGCUGCCUGGAGCAACAUCGACGGGAAUCGUUCAAAUGCUUCUCCGCCAUGGAUGAUUAUAGGUUGUGCGUGAGUGCGGCUACCCAGGAGCAUAUCGAGCGGUUGGCUCGCGAGCAUCAAGAAAAUGACCUCGAUCGUAGUAGGCACAGUUCGCAGGAGCACCAGCAAGAGCAGCCAGCGUUGCAUCCAUUGCCGGUAGUGCCACCCACAUCCAUGGGGGUGGCAGCGGCGAAGACUGAAAUCAAGAAGCAAGGCCAGCGCAGCUGGUACAAGCCGUGGUCCUGGCUGCGCUAGCUUCCGACACCGCACCGUCAAUAACCAUACGCACACCCACAUCGACGUCGCUGUCCUCGUCACUUCUUUAGUAAGCUUGCCUUAAGACGACUACACCACAGAUACAAAAUUACAGGCAGCUGAGCUCAGAAGUUUCAACUCUGCUGCCCACCAUUUGCCGACCGCCUUCGGAUAAAUCGUUUUACUAAUUAAACGCAACGACUUGAACAGCU